AUGGCUCACCGCCGCCACAUGACUACUACAAGUCCCCACCUUCUCCACCCAAGCAUGAAGAGUAUCCCCCGUAUUACGACAAGUCCCCAUCUUCUCCACCAAAGCAUGAAGAGCAUCCACCGUAUUAUUACAAUCUCCUCCUCCCCAAAGAAAUCUUCACCACCACCAUACUACUACAAGUCCCCACCUCCUCCACCAAGAAGGAAGAAUUUCCACUUAUUACUACAAGUCCCCACCUCCUUCACCAAAGAAGGAAGAAUAUCCACCAUACUACUACAAGUCCCCCACCUCCUCCUCAAAGAAGGAAGAAUAUCCACCUUUUACUACAAUUCUCCACCAGCACCCAAAAAAUCUCCACCUCCUUACUACUACAAGUCACCACCUCCACCACCAAAGAAAAACACCACCUUAUUACUACAAGUCACCACCUCCCCUAAAAAAAUCUCCUCCACCUCCAUACUACUACAAUUCCCCACUCCACCACCUAAGAAGGAAGAAUACCCACCUUAUUACUACAAGUCCCCACCUACUCCACCAAAGCAUGAAGAGCAUCCACCGUAUUAUUACAAAUCUCCCCCUCCACCAAAGAAAUCUCCACCACCACCAUACUACUACAGUCCCCCUCCACCAAAAGGAAGAAUAUCCACCUUAUUACUACAAGUCCCCACCUCCUUCACCAAAGAAGGAAGAAUAUCCACCAUACUACUAAAGUCCCCACCUCCCCCUCCAAGAAGGAAGAACAUCCACCAUAUUACUAAAUCACCACCUCCACCGAAAAAAUCUCCUCCCCCACCAUACUACUACAAGUCUCCACCCCCUCCGCCAAAGCACGAAGAGCAUCCACCAUACUACCAUGAAUCUCCCCCUCCACCUAAGAAAUCUCCUCCACCACCCUACUACUACAAAUCACCACCUCCUCCACCAAAGCAUGAAGAACACCCACCUUAUUAUUACAAAUCACCUCCACCAAAGCAUGAAGAACAGCCGCCUUAUUACUACAAAUCACCAUCUCCUCCAAAACACGACGAAUAUCCACAAUAUUAUUACAAGUCACCCCCACCUCCAAAAGGCUAUUAAGCUUACAGUCACUUGAACUUAUCUGAUGCUACCAGGAAUAACUCGUUUCUUUGUGAUUCUAUGUAUGUUACUUUGGCAUUGUUAUUUUGUAUGUAAUAACAAGAGUUUAAAUUGGUGAAUACAUUUGUAUCCCAAUUCAUGUCUUAUUUGUACCAUUAGCUAUAAUAAAUGGAAGUUAGUAAUUUAAGUUUUGAUCACUA